AUGUCUUGCUACGACCUGUGCUCCACUGCUCUUGGUGGCAUCAACCGCCCUCAGCCCCUUGCUGACAGUGGGAAUGAACCGUGUGUCCGUCAGUGCCCUGACUCCACAGCUGUGAUCCAGCCGCCCCCGGUCAUCGUCACCUUCCCUGGCCCCAUCCUCAGCUCCUUCCCCCAGGAUUCAGUUGUGGGAUCCUCUGGAGCACCUGUCCUUGGGGGCUAUGGGGGCUCCCUGUGCGAUGGGGGUCUGUACGGCUAUGGGGGCUCCUCCCUGGGCUACGGGGGUCUGUAUGGCUAUGGCUCCCUGGGCUAUGGGGGUCUGUACGGCUAUGGGGGUUCCUCCCUGGGCUAUGGGGGUCUGUAUGGCCAUGGGGGUUCCUCCCUGGGCUACGGGGGUCUGUAUGGCUAUGGUAGAUCUUACGGUUCUGGCUCUUGCAGCCCUUACUCGUACCGGUACAACAGGUACAGCCGUGGCAGCUGUGGGCCCUGCUAA